AUGGCUGUUUCUACGCAGGUCAGUGUGUUUGACAAACUCGAAUACCUUUCUUUGGUCUCCAAUAUUUGCACAGUGCUUGAAAAUCAUCUGGGUUUCGCAGACAGAGUUUUGGCAGAGUUCAUAACCGAGAUGGGUCGAAAGUGUGAGGCCGUGGACGAUUUCCGUGCAAAGUUAAAGCAAAACGGAGCAAACAUGCCUGAAUAUCUCCUGCAUAUAUUGUUGGAGAUCAUUCACAACAUUCUUCCUCCAAAAAAGGCUUCUCAGAAGCGCAAGAACAGCCCGGCCAUGGCGAUCACCGAUGCUGUGCAAAUUCAUAGAGAUAGUAAAGAAGAAGAAAAAAGGAGCAAGAGGCAGAGGGUUGACAAUGGUUAUGAAGGGAUCGCCUCUGGUGUUUUUGGGGCUGCAACAUAUGAUGAUGAAGUUGGAUUGCGAAAUCGAGAAAAGGAUUUCGGGGAAGAGAUUGAAAUGGAGCUGGAUGAGGACCCAUUAGAACUUCUGCGUGGAGUCUUAUCAAUUGAUAGGUCACCUGUUAAGAUUGUCAAGAACCCAACUGGGUCAUUGAGCCGUGCAGCUGCACUUCAGUCUGCGCUUCAAAAGGAGGGUAGAGAAAUAAGAAAAGUUCAAGAAAGAAUGAAGCGUAAUUCAAUUCCAAUGGAUCUUAAUCGUGCUUGGGAAGACCCUAUGGCAGAGAGAGGUGAUAGAUAUCUCGCACAAGAACUUAGGGGUGCUGCUGGAUUUUCGGCUUUCGACAUUGACAAGCAUGAGUGGAAGAAGAGUGCUUAUGAAGGAGCCCUGAGUUUUGGGCAGAGAUCAAGCCUUUCCAUUCUUGAACGGCGUCAGAGCUUACCAAUCUACAAAUUGAAGAAUGAGCUGGUUAAUGCUGUGAACGAAAAUCAGGUGCUUGUUGUUGUUGGUGAGACUGGUUCAGGUAAAACAACCCAGGUAGCUCAGUAUCUUGCUGAAGCAGGUUACAGCACAAAGGGCAUAAUUGGAUGUACUCAACCGCGUAGAGUUGCAGCCACUUCUGUGGCCAAGAGGGUUGCUGAAGAAGUUGGUUGUAGAUUAGGGGAGGAAGUUGGGUAUUCUAUUCGAUUUGAUGAUUGUACUGGACCGGAUACUUUGAUUAAGUACAUGACUGAUGGGAUGCUUUUUCGGGAGAUUCUGAUGGACAAAAACCUUUCUCAGUACUCUGUGAUCAUGCUUGAUGAAGCCCAUGAAAGAACAGUCAAUACUGAUGUUCUUUUCGGAAUGCUGAAGCAACUUGUUAAAAGACGACCUGAUCUUCGUUUGAUUGUUACGUCUGCAACACUGGAUGCAGAGAAGUUUUCGAGUUAUUUCUUCAAUUGUAUGAUAUUCACUGUUCCCGGUAGAACUUAUCCUGUAGACACACUGUACGCGAAGCAGCCCGAAAGUGAUUACUUGGAUGGAGCUAUAUUGACUGUUCUGCAAAUUCACUUGAGUGAACCAGAAGGUGACAUACUUGUCUUCUUGACUGGUGAGGAGGAGAUUGAAUUUGCUUGUCAGUCUCUGUAUGAAAGGAUGAAAGAACUAGGUAAAGAUGUUCCGGAAUUGAUUAUCCUACCAGCUUAUGGUGCCCAACCGAGUGCAGAGCAGUCAAAGAUCUUUAAGCCUGCUCCUCCAGGGAAGCGAAAAGUGGUUGUGGCUACCAAUAUUGCUGAAACUUCUUUGACCAUUGAUGGGAUAUUUUACGUAAUUGAUCCAGGGUUUGCAAAGAUAAAUGUAUAUAAUCCGAAGCAAGGGGUUGAUUUGCUGGUUGUAACACCAAUUUCACAGGCGUCAGCCAGUCAACGAGCUGGGCGUGCUGGGCGUACAGGGCCAGGAAAAUGUUUCCGCCUUUACACUGAGAGUGCUUUUCAUAAUGAGAUGUCUCCUAAUACAGUUCCAGAAAUCCAAAGAUCAAAUCUUGUACAUACUACACUGAUGUUGAAAGCUAUGGGGAUAAAUGAUCUUAAAUUUUUUGAUUUUAUGGAUCCCCCAUCACCCGAAGCACUUACGUCUGCUGUGGAACAGCUGAAGAUGCUAGGAGCCUUGGAUGAAGAGGGGUUUCUGACCAAAUUGGGUAGUAGAAUGGCCGUGCUGCCUCUGGAUCCACCUUUGUCUAAAAUGCUGCUUGCCAGUGCGAACCUUGGAUGCAGUGAUGAAAUUGUGACCAUCAUUGCCAUGCUUCAGGCAGGAAAUACCUUCUACAGGCCUAAGGAGAAACAAGCGCAAGCAGAUUUGAAGAAGGCCAAGUUUCUACAGCCUGAGGGAGACCAUCUGACUUUACUUGCUGUUUAUGAGGCUUGGAAAGCUAAGAAUUUUUCUAGCCCCUGGUGUUCAGAGAACUUUGUCCAGUUUCGGUCAUUGAGUAGGGCAAGGGAUAUCAGGAAACAGCUUCUUACUGUCAUGGACAAGUAUGAAUUAGAGGUUGUAAGUGCAGGAAAAGAUCGAACAAUGAUCAGAAAAGCGGUUAUAGCUGGAUGCUUCUUCCAUGUUGCUAAAAAGGAACCACGUGAGGGUUAUAGAACCAUAGUCGACAAGCAGGUAGUUUAUAUCCACCCAAGCAGUGUUCUUUUCCAGAGACAGCCAGAUUGGGUCAUCUACAAUGAGCUGGUGAUGACCACAAAGGAGUACAUGCGAGAGGUCAGCGCUAUAGAGCCCAAGUGGCUUAUGGAACAGGUGCCAAGAUUCUUUAAGGCUGCAGAUCCUACAAAGAUGAGCAACCGCAAAUGUCAAGAACGCAUCGAACCGCUGUAUGACAGAUAUCAUGAGCCCAACUCUUGGCGUCUGAGUAGACGGCGUGCUUGA